AUGUUCCUGCUGGACUGGUUCUACGGCGUGCUGGCCUCGCUGGGGCUCCGCCAGAAGGUGGCCAAGAUCUUCUUCCUCGGCCUCGAUAACGCCGACAAGACCAAGCUCCUCCACAUGCUCAAGGACGAGAUGGAGCAACCAUCAAGCUCACCAACAGUGACAUGGUCAGACCUCUCGCCAGAGCUCCUUAGGCUUGUGUUCCUCCGCCUCCCUACACGUGCUGACCGCGCGCACUUCCCUGCUGUCUGCCGCCAAUGGCGCUCUUCCAUGAGGCAGUGGCACCUACCACCCAUGUCGCCAAUGCCUUGGUCCGUGCUUCCAGGAGGCAACAUUGUCAGAUUUUCUCAUGAUCAAACCUUCCACUUGCCCGAUGCUACUCGUUACCACAACUCUUGUGGUGAGUGGCUUCUCUUAUCCCGGGAUGACGACAGCUGCUUCAUGUUGAACCCCUUCACCAAUGCCACUGUGCAGCUUCCCAGCCUAUCUUCAUAUAUCUGCUAUGAUGAGCAUGUAGAAACUGUCAAUGUCCUUGCUGAUGAGACGCCGGUCACAUGGAUGGAUAUCAAGGACCUAGCUGAUAUAUCUGUAAUCACGCUGAUUGUGUGCUCCAAACACCUCAUUGCUGCGAUAGUUGGUAUUAGUGGCCUUGGUACAAUUGCACUAUGCAGGCCAGGGGCUGCUGCAUGGUCAGUGAGUGCACAUGAGCAGUGCAUGUGGCUCUCAGAUAUGGUCUUCUUCCAAGGGAAGCUCUAUGCUAUUGACACUAAUACUGAGGACCUUCUUUCCAUUGACAUCGUGGAUGAGCUUGACAAUGAUAGGCCAAGGGUAUCUCGUAUUGAGCGCAUCAUUGAGGGAGAUCCCCAGCCACCCCAAAGCUAUCCCGCGCCUAUGCUCUGCCUCCUUGAAUCCCAUGGGAUAUUGCUGAUGGUACGCAGGAAAAUGAACUCCAAAGGAUAUCCGGUAUACAUGUCUGGAAAAGAAGUUACCGUGGAGCAUAGUGCAGGUAGCAGCGACUUUCAAGUGCACGAGGCAGACUUGAAGCGUUUGUUGUGGGCUGAAGUGAGGAGUCUAGGGAAUGAAGUAGCUUUGUUCAUUGGGCGAGGGUGCUCCUCAGCUGUCCAUGUAUCUCCAUGCAUAUGA